UACACAAUCACAUAGUAUUAUUUUGUUAAUGCAGCACUCUUUUGAAAAAAAACAUCUAUGGUUCUCUCUGCUACAAACUAGCAUCUGCUAAUUCUCUCCAUUCUCAAAGCUUCAGAAAACUCUCUCCCACUGUGUGUGUGUGUGUGUGUGUGUAAAUAACAAGUGAGCAUUGCAACAUCCAUGGCUGCCAACAAGUUUGCAACAAUGUUGCAUAGAAACACCCACAAAAUCACAGUAAUUCUAGUCUACACACUCCUUGAGUGGGUAUUGAUUCUUCUCCUCCUCCUCAACUCACUCUUUUCAUUUCUCAUCACCAAAUUUGCAAACUACUUUGGCCUCAAACCACCCUGCCUAUGGUGUUCAAGACUUGAUCACAUCCUAGACCCCAACAAGACCAAAAAUUCCUACAAAGAUCUUGUCUGCGAAACACAUGCCAAUGAGAUUUCCAAGCUGAGUUAUUGUCCAAACCACCAAAAACUGGCAGAGUCCCACAACUUGUGCAUGGAUUGCGUGUCCACGCAGCCGAAAUGCAACAAAAACUCCACUGAAAUCUCAAGAAGAAUUGCUUUCUUUACAUGGGUGAGUGAGAACAAAUUUGAAAAUGGUGAUCAGAAGACUACUUCUAAAUGUUCUUGCUGUGAGGAGAGCUUAAGCAGCAAUAUAUACCCUUUUAAUUUACUGUUUAAGCCCUCUUGGGAAGUUUUGGAAAACACCCCUAAAGCAAAUUUGAUUACAGAGACAUUGGAUGAGUACUCAGACACAUGUAAGUCUGAUAGUUCAGCAGAGCAUGUCAACAAUGACCAUGAUAUCGAACGAAAGAAAGAAGAUGAAGAAGAAAAAGUUGAAGAUGAACAUCAGAUUCUUUCUGAUGUUGAAAGUUUUAGCUUUGAAGCUGCAGUGGAUGAGAAGGCAGAUCCCAAUUCUCAAGAGCAUGAAUCAAGUCGUUCGGAUUCUUCUCAUCGAUGUCCCGAUGCUGCUUCCAUCAUUCAAACAUGUUUUGAUGAAGAUGAAUCACUUCAGCUCAUGAAUCUUCCUCCAUUGGGUUAUGGUUGUCGCGAUUUUGAUCGCUUGAGACCUGUUGAAUUGAUUGAUUCCUCAACUGUUGAGGAAGAUCUGGUGGGAAUUCUUGACCAUCUAAAUGGGGAUUUUGAUUCUGAGCCAUGGAUUGAAUCUCAAGUUCAAUUAGUAGAAGAGGCUUCUUUACAUGGUGAUAGUGCAGAGAAGGCAAGGUAUGGAGUGGUAGAAGCUUUUGAGAUUAGUGGGAUUGAGAACUUCUCAAUUCUAGUGGUUGAACAGAUGAUAGAAGAUUUGUUGGUUGUGACAUGUGAACAAUUAAUUGUUACUCAAGUUUCUCAGACCUCAUGUAUCAGUGACAACAAUGUGGAAGCAACAACCAUUAGAGAACCAGAUAAUCCACAAGCAGGUGAAGAAGAAGAUGCGCCGGCUAAUCAAACUCAAGCUAAAGAACCAACUCUAUUGCCAUGUCUACAAGUAGAUCAAUCCUCCAUGCAAAACAAGAAUGUCAAAAUUUCCACUUCCUCUAAUGCAUUCAUAUUUGGGAAUGACCUAGGUUCAAAGCAAAUUGAGAAAGCUACCAUACAAGAAAGAAAAGUUUUGGAUGAUAAGAAUCAUGAAGAGGUAAACCAAAAUUUAUCUGCUGAAUUGGAGGCCAAUGAGGUGGAGGAAGAUAAGCUUUCCGACGCAGCCAAUUACAUGGAAGGCCUCCACCACCUACAUAAGAAAUUGUUGGUGUUUGAUAAGAGAGAAUCAGGAGCAGAGGAGUCUUGGGAUGGAAGUGUGGUGAGUGAGGUGGAAUGUGGUGAUGGGGUUCUGACCGUUGAGAGGCUAAAAUCAGCGUUGAGAGCUGAACGCAAGGCUCUAUGUGGUUUAUACGCGGAGCUAGAAGCAGAGAGGAGUGCUGCUGCAAUAGCUGCCAAUCAGACAAUGGCCAUGAUAACAAGGCUCCAAGAAGAGAAGGCCGCGAUGCAGAUGGAAGCGUUGCAAUACCAGAGGAUGAUGGAGGAACAAUCCGAGUAUGACCAGGAAGCAUUGCAGCUUCUGAAUGAGCUCAUGACAAAGAGAGAGAACGAGAAACAGGAGCUUGAAAAGGAGCUGGAAAUGUAUCGUAAGAAGGUUUUGGAAUACGAAGCAAAAGAGAGGAUGUUGAGAAGGAAAGAUGGGAGUUUUAGAAGUAGAACCUCUUCUGCUUCUUGUAGCAAUGCUGCUGAGGAUGUUGAUGAGCUAUCUAUUGAUCUUAAUCGCGACAGAAGGGAUGAAGAUGAUAGCUUUUGUGGCCAUCAAGACGGUGACAACAACAAUGCUCCUGCUGAUGAAGUUCCAAAUUUGGGAGAAAUUGUGCUAGAUUGUGUCAAGGAUUUGAGUACACUAGAUGAGUCAAUGGCGGAAUUUGAGGAAGAAAGGCUGUCCAUUUUAGAGGAGCUCAAAGCGUUGGAGGAGAAGCUUUUCACAUUGGCCGAUGAAGAGGGACAUACGUUUGAGGAUGUUAAACCAAUAGAGCAUUUCACACAUGAUUAUGGCAAAGAAUUCUGCGACAAUUAUGGUCAUGUUAGCAGUCCUGUUGAAAAUGAGGUUUCAAAUGUGUUAUCCGAGGCUUUGAAUGGUAAGGAUUAUUCAGAGAACAAAAUAAUUGGUUCCAAAGCAAAAAGGCUUCUUCCUCUUUUUGAUGCAACUGGUGUCGAAAUAGGAGAAGUGGAGUCGAAUACAGAACAGGACAACUCUGGCUAUGCUGAAUUGCGUAGCUCCUUGGAUUCCGACUUUGAAGUGGAGGGCAAGAAAAUUCCCGUUGAAGAGGAGGUAGAUCAUAUCUAUGAGAGGCUACAAGCUCUUGAAGCAAAUAGGGAGUUUCUAAAGCAUUGUAUUGGCUCAUUGAAUAAAGGAGACAAAGGAAUGGAUCUUCUUCAAGAAAUUCUGCAACAUCUUCGCGAUCUAAAGACCAUGGAACACAAUGUGAGAAACAUUGGUGAUAGUCCUCUUUUUUGAUCUUGCACUUGCCUUCUACAAUUGAGAAAAUGUGAGGUAAAUAGUGGUCCUUUUCAUAUACUACAUUCUUUCUGAUAUGUUUCAAAUGGAGAUUGUUAUUUCACAGCCUAAAGAACUGCAUCCGCCGCCCUCACAUGUGAGAGGAAGGGCAGCGAAUAUCGGCCUUUAGGCGGUGGGCUUUGCCCCCCUCCCUUGAAGAAGUUGAUACGGUUUUUAUAUCGAAGUUUUUCUUUGUUAGAAAAAUGCAGAUUGGAGUCUUGGAGUUCACUUGCAGGUUAAGUUGUGUGAGAGAUUGGAUUGAUCAUGUUGAAAAGGAAUGCACUGAAAGAGCAGACUACAAACUAAUGGCUGGCCACAUUUUUCUCUGGAUUUCUAGGAUCCAAAGUUUUUGAAGAUUCUCAUCAACUCCUCUUUACCACUUUUUUCAGAGGAAGGUGAAAAUGGUUUUGGGAAAGGAGUAAAAAAGAUGUUCAAUGCAUUUCUAUACCUGUGUAUAAGCUGGUUACUUGGCCUAACCAAGGCUAGUAAAAACAUAUUUCCUUUCUUUUGUUGGGGAGGAACAAACUUUUUUGCAUUUUGAUGGUCUUGUUUACUGAGAUCAAAGCAAAAUUUGAAUUGAUGUGUAAACAUUUAUCAGAUUGUAUUUAAAGAUUGUCAUCACCAAUGGAGUUGCUAAUAAGCAGUCAUA